GACUUCCGGUGAGUGUGAAAGGCGGAACCAGCGGCCCUACGGAGGGAACAAAGGACGGCUGACUUCACCAAUAUGUGAAUAGUCUACUCUCCGUAGCCCAUUCUCCAGCCGCGAUGUCAAAACGCCCAUCCUACGCCCCUCCCCCUCCCCCCGCCCCAACAACACAAAUGCCUUCCACCCCAGGGUUUGUGGGCUACAACCCUUACAGCCAUCUGGCCUACAACAACCUCCGGCUGGGAGGGAGCUCCGGAGGCUCCAGCAGGAACUCCUCGGGCAUCACCGUCCCAAAGCCUCCCAAGCCUCCAGACAAGCCUCUGAUGCCAUACAUGCGGUACAGCCGGAAGGUAAGCAGGAAGGUAUGGGACCAAGUGAAAGCUUCCAACCCGGACCUCAAGCUGUGGGAAAUUGGAAAGAUUAUCGGAGGGAUGUGGAGGGACCUGACCGACGAAGAGAAGCAGGACUACCUGAACGAGUACGAAGCUGAGAAGAUCGAGUACAACGACUCUUUGAAGGCUUACCACAACUCUCCUGCCUACCUGGCCUACGUCAACGCCAAAAACCGGGCCGAGGCGGCGAUGGAGGAGGAGAGCAGGCAGCGGCAAAGUCGUAUGGACAAAGGAGAGCCGUACAUGAGCAUUCAGCCCGCUGAAGACCCCGAUGACUACGAUGACGGUUUUUCAGUGAAGCACACGGCGGCCGCUCGCUUCCAGAGGAAUCACCGGCUCAUCAGCGACAUCCUCAGUGAGAUCGUGGUGCCCGACGUCCGCUCGGUGGUCACCACCGCCCGCAUGCAGGUCCUCAAGAGGCAGGUCCAGUCUCUCAUGGUGCACCAGAGGAAGCUGGAGGCAGAACUUCUGCAGAUCGAGGAUCGCCACCAGGACAAGAAAAGACGUUUUCUGGAGACCACUGACACAUUCAACACUGAACUGAAGCGGCUGUGCAGUCAGAAGGUGGAGGUGGACAUGGAGAAGCUCGCAGCAGAGAUGGCGGCCGCUGAGGAGGCAGCGAGGCGCCGGGCCGAGGAGAGGGAGCGCGAGGCAGCCGAGCAGGCGGAGAAGGCUGCUCAGCAACAGCAGCAGCAACAACAGGAGGCUGCUGCAAACAAAAGUGCAGAGCAGAGCGGUGCUAAUGCUAGCAGCACCGCUAACCCCACCUCAGGGACCAAGGAGGAGGACAAGCCCACACCCAUGGAGACAGACGAGGCAGCGCCUGCAGAACCUCCCUCCGACUCCCAGUCCGCUCCACCUCCCCCGUCUGAUCCUCCCUCCUCUGCCUCCGAUAAAGCAACCCCUCCUCCUGAGCCCCCCAGGGAGAGCAGCACCCCCGGCAGCAGCGCCCCCAGUGACGACAGCAGCAGCAGCAACAGCAUGCCCCCUCCACCCUCAGACAACAGCACCCCUCCAGCAGCAGCAGCAGCAGCCACCACUGCCGCCACCCCAGACCCUCCCGCGGGCUCGGAGGCCAACUCCAGCGCCGCUAACCCCAGCGUGGCUGCAGCACCUCCCCCUGCCUCAGAAGAACCAGCCCCACCUCCACCACAGCUACUACCCCCCAGCCAGAGCAGCCAACAGUAUGAUAUGUAGUAGUGUUAGAGACGCAGUGGUAGCUGUAGAAGUGCUCCCUGGGCUGCAGCUCUCCACCUCUGGAUGGAGCGGUAGCGCUGUAGUAGUGCAGCAGGUGCAGAUGAAGUGCGGCGGCUCUGUCGUUAAAAAAAUAAAUAAAAUCGGGAAUGAGAAGUGUCACGUGGCCGAGGGUCUGUUAGCGAGGUCAGUAAAUAGUUCAAUCAUCCAGGAGUGACGUCAUCAUCCAGCUGUUCGUAGCUGCGCUGAGCGUUGGGAGAGUCCCUCAAGUCUGUUUCCUUUAACCGUAGUCGGCGUGCCUGAGCGAGUCAACUGGAACAUCACCAAAGAGAACAAAAUCUGCGCUCCAGGCAUCGUACAAGCCAUUCCUUUUUUCUAAUCUUGUCACUUGAUGGUUUGUUGUUUGUUUUUUUUGGUAGUAUAAAAUAUCCAGAUACUGACACGCAGGAUGCUACAGGGCUGCUCGGACAUCUUCAUAUAUCUAACUCCACAUCUGUGCUCCUGCAUGCUGUCCAGAAUCCCUCACAUAGCUGACAGUUUCCAACAUUUGAAGUAAUGGAAUCAGUUGCACAUUGAAGUGUUGAAAACGAGGAGGCAUCUUUAAAUAUCUCGAUGUUUAGAGCUACUCUGUACGGGGCAGACGAAGCAGCAAAUUCUCAUAUUAUGAGGCUUCAUAUUUUUUCACUGAUUUUCCUGAAUUUGAUCAAUCGAUUACCAAGACCACGAUUGGACUAACUGCUUUAAUUGGAAGCCGCCGUGCUGCUGUGAGAUCACCCGCAGCAUCACGUGUUUUAUCGUUCUGACGCACGCCAGGAUGAAGUGAUUUUAGAGUUAACCGUCGGCAUUUUGAUGUCUUUAAAUCAGCCUUUCUGUAUUUUUGACCACUGCUGCCAACUUGAGGGGUUUUAUGACAUAAAUCGAGUCGGCGCGGCGCGUUCUGGUGGUGGAGGAAAAAAACGAAACCCUCGUGUAAAACCUCAGAAUUUUCUAGUUUGUGUGGAAAAACAACUACUGUUACUUUGUGUUUUUAGAGAUCUAGUGGAACCUUUUAGACGAAUAUAAUCCAGUUCAGCCUCGGUAAUCCUGAACCGGAUGCUGUUUCUAACACGCCCUCAGUUCGGCUCGUCUCCUGCCGGUGGACACGACUGAGGCCACGUUUUAAUCCUGCAUGCCAAUACUAACCACACUCCUGCAAGGACUCGAGGAAGUCCUGCAGCGCCGGAGAGAAACUCACGUGAACUUCACGCGCAAAUGAUUCAAAAGAAACAUUAAAAAAAAAAGAAGACAUUUUUAAAAAAUGUGCGGAUGAUGAAAUGACUUGCGUUGAAUAGAGAAAGUCGACACCGAUGUUCGUCCCCCUCAUGUUUGUGUAGAACGAACUGACUGCAGCUCAGUUAGCGUUUUUGAUCUGUAAGCUUCUCAACCAGUCCAGGCUGUUGUUGUUUUUUUGUUUUUGUUUUUUAAUCUGGGUUUUGUUUUAAAGACUACGUUCCUCCUUUAGACUGCAUAUUCCUGCUGCCACCACAAGCGUUUAACUUCACCAGAGAAAUGCACAGGCGACCCUCAUCCAACGGGAGCCUCACUUAUGCAUUUAAAGGACUGUUUUCUUACUUGAAUUGGACUGUUUUUAGUAAUAUGCCUCUGUUUUUGCAUCUUUCUUUUGUACUGUCUGAACUUAUCUAUCCAAAUAAAAGUGAUUUCUCAGUC